AUGGAGGACCUUUCCUCCCUCGAGGGACCGCCAAUGAGGGAUGAACGUUUCUCCCCUAUCUCGCCUGUGUCACCAUACAGCAGCUACGAUCCGUCAAGAGGUCUGCCGAUGAUCUCUCCAGGCUCUGUUUCUCCGCUAUCAACCGCAACAAGAUCCGUUUCAGGAUCUAUAUCCAGCCUGCAAUUCCCACUAGAAGAUAGAAUAUAUCCCCCAGUAUCCAACGAGCAACAUCGAAUUGCCCCUCUCCGGACCUCGCGUAGUCAGUCUUCCAUACGUGAUGCUGCGCAUGUUCCGCCUCGACCGGCCAGUGCGGACCAUUCCAGCACGACAGCCCCGUUCUGGCUGUUGGUGAAUGGGCGUCUUGUCUGGGUCGAGGAUAUGAAGUUAUGGGUGCUUUGGGACCAGGUUGAAGCGGCCAGAUCGUAUGAGAAGGGCACCUACCCAGCCCAUGUGAAUCAACAAAGGGGUGUAGGAGGUCAACGUCGCAAUCGUGAUCGUGGGACUUGGAAGAGUCUUCCGCCGCUUCCACACGAAAUCCAUCAUUUACUACCAAUGACAUCGGAUUUGCAUUUAAGUGACGACGAUAAUGCAUGGCAGAAGCCUCGAGCGCCGCGUCACUAUUUCCAACACAGUCCAACGAACACGCAUCUUCAGGUGCAGUGGGCAAGCCUUGCAGGUCAACUUGGUCUAUUCUAA